AUUUUGAUGCAAUUGCAAAACCCAAUAAUUCCUCACCUUUUGUGUUGCAUGACUUUUCACUUGAUCAUAAUGCUCCAGCAGAACAAGUUUCCAUUGAUCAAUUCCAUGCAACAAAUGAACAACCUCAAACUUGUUCCUUUCACCAACCAGAAGAUGGUACACCUGUGGAUGCUCAAUCAGUGGGUCUUUUCUAUCAAGCUCAAAGCAGACGGUAGUAUUGAGCGAUAUAAAGCAAGACUUGUUGCCCAAGGUUAUAAGCAAGAGUAUGGAAUUGAUUAUAUAGAAACAUUUGCACCAGUGGCUAAAAUGACUACAGUGAGAUUACUUAUUGCUCUUUCGGCAAUGCAUCAGUGGCCUAUUUCUCAAAUGGAUGUGAAGAAUGCUUUUCUGCAUGGGAAUUUGGAAGAAACUGUUUAUAUGAAGCCUCCUCCAGUUAUUGUGGAUGCUGAGUAUGUUCAGAGUUCCCAUGAUUAUUCCUUGUUCAUGCAUAACUCUUCGCAAGGUGUUACUCUACUUUUGAUUUAUGUCGACGAUAUGCUUAUUACCGGUAGUAAUAAGGAAGGUAUUGCUAAGUUGAAAGAGUUACUUUGUCGUUCUUUUCAGAUGAAAGAUUUGGGGCCACUGACUUAUUUUCUUGGUUUAGAAGUUCACUCAUCUUCUCGAGGUUAUGCGGUGAAUCAACGGAAGUAUGUUUUGGAUUUGAUCCAAUUUGCAAAUUUAUCUGAUGAUAAGUGUGUUGACACUCCAAUGGAAGUAAAUGUCAAGCUUAGGCAGAAGGAUGGUGAAAAACUCUCUAAUCCUAGCUUUUAUCAUCAACUUGUGGGUCGCCUCCUUUAUCUUACUAUGACUAGACCUGAUAUUGCUUAUGUUGUGCAAGUGGUUAGUCAAUUUGUUGUAGAUCCUCGGCGGUUACAUCUAACGGCUGUUCUUCGCAUAAUUCGAUAUCUUCAUGGCACUAUUUCAAGGGGACUUUUCUUCUCCUCUCAUCCUUGUAUGCAAUUGCAAGCUUAUGCAGAUGCUGAUUGGGCAGGUUGUCCUGAUACACGUCGCUCAACCACAAGUUGGUGUGUGUUUCUCGGUGAUUCCCUUAUUUCUUGGAAAUGUAAGAAACAGAAAACAGUGUCCAAAUCCACUGCUGAAGUUGAAUACCGAGCAAUGUCUUCAGCAUGUAGUGAAUUGACUUGGCUUCGAGGAUUUUUACAGACACUUACUUUUCCUACUCCUCCUUCACCUCUUUAUGCUGAUAAUAUGAGUGCUAUUCGUAUUGCAUCCAAUCAUGUCUUUCACGAGCGUACCAAGCACAUUGAAGUGGAUUGCCACUUUAUACGGAAUAUGUAUCUUGCAGGUGCCAUUACUCUUCCUUAUAUUGCUUCUGAGCAUCAAAUUGCAGAUAUUUUUACAGAGGCAAUGACAACUGCACGACACAAGUUUUUAGUGAGCAAACUGACACUGGUUUCCCAGCCUCAGUUUGAGGGGGAGUGUAGGAAAUAGGCAUAUUUUGUAAUUUUGUUUUAUAUUAAGGGCUUUUAUGUAACUUUACAUUUUAUAUAACCUAAUAUUUAUAUGCUGCUAAGGGUGAGCAGCUCGGCAGCGUAGACAUUGGGAUGCAGUCACCUACAGCAAAAGAUUUCAUUAUGGUGAAAAGGGAAGCGAAGGACUUACCCAGUUCUGUUUUCAGGAAUUGAUUGGAUAGCACUUUACAAGGGCCUAUUGACGUUUCUUCUUCUUCUUCUUCUUCUGCUUUGUCAUCCUCAUCUUCUGAGGGUGAUUCUCAAGUAAUACAGGACGAAGAUGGCC